AAACCUGGCUAAUAAUCAGGUUUACUGAAUUCUGUAUUCUGUCUUCAAUUCGGAGUCUCUUUGCGGAACUCGGGACUGAAUGGAAGGAGGCGACAUGAGGAACCGAGCUGAUCCGGAUCAGUCGAGGUCAGAUGGCGAGAAGAAGGACAGCAGCACCCAGACAGACAACAGAGGACAACGUCCAGGCCCUAGGUUAUCCAAGAUGAACCUCUUCACACUGUUAAGUCUAUGGAUGGAGGUUUUCCCUCAGCAGGAGCAGCCUUCAAAGGAGGAGGAAGAAGAGGAGGAGGAGGAGAAUCACAGUGAGAUCCGAGGUGUGGGUCUGGUGGUGGUUUGGGACAGUAAAGUGGUGGGAUUCCACUGUUCGAGUCCGGACCUCCACGCUGGACAGGCAGCCAUCAUCCAGCACGGCGCCCGGCUGGCUGAGUGUCAGUUGUACUUCUCUCGAAGACCAUGUGCUACCUGCCUCAAGAUGAUCAUCAACGCCGGUGUGAGUCAGAUCUCCUUUUGGCCUGGAGACCCAGAGGUCAGCAUGCUAAAGUCUACAUCGACAAAACCUUCCCGACACCAGUGCCACGGUCCCACUGACUGGAUCACAGAGGAGGCUGCGUUAGAUGCCAUGGCGACGGAGAAGCUUAAGUCCAACAGUCGUCCUCACAUCUGCAUGCUGUUGCAGCCGCUGGCUCCUGGUUUUGCUCAGUUUGUUGAGGAGACGUCCCAAGGGACCGAUUUCAUGGAGCGAGUCGCUGAUGAUGAACCAGAACUGGAUACAGAGAAAAUCUUCAACAGAGAGCAACAGAGGUAUCUAAAGACGUUUUUCAGGCAGUUCUUGGUGGAGACGUCUGAGGAGCACCACAAGGUUUUGACACAGAUGGGGCUGGAGAACAUCUGCAUGGAGCCCUACUUCUCCAGCCUGAGGAGCAUCAUGAAGGAGCUGGUGGAGGUUCUUGCUGCUGUGGCUGCUGGGGUUCCACAUCAGGAAUUCGGAUUUUACAGGGAAGAGUUUUCAACUGGUGGACCAUCACAGGCCAAAACGUCCUUGUUACCUUGUCAUUAUGAGGAUAUAUCGCAGGAAGUGGCCCGCCACUGCAUGGUCCAAGCAAGGCUGCUGGCCUAUAGAACAGAAGACCCGAAAGUGGGUGUGGGAGCUGUUAUCUGGGCCAAAGGCCAGCUGGCCGGCUGUGAGGGGACAGCGGGUCUGUCCCUGGUGGGCUGUGGGUAUAACGCCUACCCAGCAGGCUCACAGUAUGGCGAGUACCCUCAGAUGGACGACAAACAGGAGGACAGACAGAGACGCAAGUACAGAUUCAUCAUACACGCAGAGCAGAACGCCCUCACCUUAAGGGCUCGGGACAUCCAGUCAGGGUGCGCCACCAUGCUGUUUGUCACGAAAUGCCCGUGUGACGAGUGUGUGCCUCUGAUCAGAGGAGCUGGCAUCACGCACGUCUACACCUCCGACCAGGACCGGGACAAGGACAAGGGAGACAUUUCCUACAUCAGGUUCAGCAGCCUGAAGGGAGUCGAAAAGUUCAUAUGGCAGAAGAACCCCUUAUCAUCUUCUCACCUCAUCAAUGGUUACGUCGGGAAGCAGGACAACCAGAGCACAAAGAAGCAGUGCACCAGCAGAACCCUCAACACGCCUCUCGUCAGCUGAACUUCAGCCGUGAGGGUAGUAACGGGUUUGCAGAGAUUUUUAGCACACAUGCUGCAGAUUUGGAAUGAUGUCAUUCUUUCAGACUGCAGACUGAAUCCCAGCUGCAGCCAAAAGUGACUGUUUUGACGAGGAACCACAUACAGCUACAGAAUAGUUCAUGUUCCUGUUCGGGAAGUUAAAGGAAAAAGUUCAGUUAAAACAUCCCUUAAGCCAUCGAGCCUCUGAAUAUUGGACUCAUCUGUGACAUUUAUUGUUUUCAAGAAUUUUUGAAGUUAGUUUUGGAGGGAAUAAGAUGAAACACAGCAGCCAUACUAGGAGUUACAAAAAAAAAAAAAACACACCACACGCUCAAAUUGCUAGCAAACAACUUUGUAACUUAACUGAGGGUAUGUUAGUGGAAUGAUGUUGUCUGGGGAAAUAUGGCUAGCUAGCUAGGUGCAACUUAUUUUUUCCUGCUCAUAUUCCAUUUGAGCCUCACAGUGAGAAGGUCCCAUGUUUGCUUCCCGCCUGGUCUUUUCUGUGUGGCUUUAGCAUGUUCUUCCCGCGCUCACGUGAGCUCCCUUUGGGUGCUCCGGCUUCCUCCCACUUCCAAAGAGGUGAAUUGGAUGAGUUUGUCUGAAACGUUAGUCGAACUAGCUAUCAUAGAGCUUUUUUUGUUCAUUCUAAAGUUAAUCAAAAAACAGACAUUAAAAAUUGCACUUUACAGUACGAGUACAACCAGGGUGCAGGUGGUUCCAAGGAAAUAUAAUUUCACCAGCAGUUCACGUGAUAAUUAAACAUGAAAUGCAACAUGUUCAUUACUCCACUGUGCAUUUUUAAGAUUUGAGAAAAUGUGGCUUGAGCUUAUUUUGGUGCCCUGUUUAUAUUCGUAUUUGUUUUCAGCUCUUCUCUUGCGUCACUCACUCGUAGUAGGCAAGUUGAUCAUUUAGCAGUUUGAUACGGAUUUUAAAAUGUUCACUUGUCCUUUAACUGUAGUAUUUUUAUUACCACUUCUAGGAGCAGUUAAAGGCAGUUAAAAGCUUUGGAUCUGUUUUUACAAAUCUGAAAUGACAAAAAUGGAAAUAUAUGAAUGACAGAUGUGUUUAUUGGAUUGAUGUGAAUACAAUAAGUAAGCAGUAAUGUAUUUAUGCUAUUUUACUUGUAAAUGGUGUAAGUUGACGUUUGUCAGACACGAGCUGCUGCUGCUUUGAGAAUAUUUAAUUUUACAGGGGUAUUUGACUGGUAUUGAAGCAAGGUAUGUGGCUGUUGCCAUGACAACAAAUGUUUUACAGUUCAUGAUUCUUUGCACGAUGGUUUGUUGUAAAAGUUUUUCCAGUAUUUGCUACUUGUUUAACUUAUUGCAAAUAUUUGCGUGAUACGAGGGAAAACAUUUGGCAGAACCAUAUUUUUCAUGAUGGAUUGGAGCUUUAAAUAUCAAUUCUUCUUCUUCUUUGUCUUUCGGCUGUUCCCGUUAGGGGUCGCCACAGCAGAUCAUUCGUUUCCAUUUCACCCUGUCCUCUGUAUCUUCCUCUGUCACACCAACCA